CCCCAGUGGAGCCGGAAAAGCGCAGCGAACCCUCCACUUUUUGAGAAGCAGCGACGCCUCUGGAGCUGCCAUGGAACCAGGUGGCAAUGUGUACGAAGAGGCGCCGGGCCACGGGCCGCCCCCCGACGGCCAGGGGAUCGACGUCACAAACGGCCCUAUCCUGAAUGGCCCAGAGGUUCAGCUGGAUGACUUUGUGGGGGCUCAUGCCGAGUAUGACGAAGAGGAGGAGGAGAGCAAGUACUUCCGCCGCAAGCGCUUUGGUGUGAUCAAGAACCUCUUGGCAGCCAGCUUGGGGGGAAUGCUGACCUACGGGGUCUUUCUAGGCUUGCUGCAGAUGCAGCUCAUCCUACACUAUGACGAGACGUACCGAGAGGUGAAAUAUAGCAACCUGGAACUACAGAACAUUGACAGCAAGAUGCUGAUGGGCAUCAAUGUCACACCUCUUGUUGCCCUGUUCUACACUCCGAUGCUCAUCAGAUUCUUUGGCACCAAAUGGAUGCUGUUCUUGGCCGUGGGUGUCUACACACUCUUUGUCUCCACCAACUACUGGGAACGCUACUAUACCUUGGUGCCAUCGGCCGUGGCCAUCGGGGCUGCCAUUAUACCUCUCUGGGCCUCCAUGGGCAAUUAUGUCACCCGGAUGGCACAGAAGUACUAUGAAUAUGCAAACUACAAGUUGGAACAUGUCCAGGAGCAGCAAAGGGCACCACGUGGGGCCUACAACUCCUACAUUGUUGGCUUCCAGACUGUCUUUUACGCCAUAUUCUAUCUGAGCUUUGUCUGUGCCCAGUUUCCCAUGUUUUUCUUCGUAAAGGGGCAUCUCUCUGAUUUGAACCACACUCUCUCCAAUGUACAGCACUGUGGGACAAAGAGCCAUGGAAUUCUCACAGGGCUUAACACCACAGUUCUGCAGAAGCUGCCACACAGCAAUGAGCUCAUCACAGUGGAGAGUGUGCUCAUGGGAGUGGCCUUCCUCUCCAUGCUCCUGGUGUUGCUUCUGUGUGGCUCAGCAUAUCGCCCCACAGAGGAGAUAGAUUUGCGCAGCAUUGGCUGGGGCAACAUAUUCCAACUGCCUUUCAAGCACAUGCGGGACUACCGCCUGCGCCACCUCAUUGUCUUCUUCAUCUACAGUGGAUUUGAGGUGGUCUUCUUCUGCACUGGCUUCACCCUGAACUAUGGCGUCUGCUCCAUCGGCCUGGAGCGCAUGGCGUACAUCUUCACCGCUUAUGGACUCUCCUCUGCUGUCUGCUCCACCCUGGGUCUCUCUAUGCUGUGUCUGCCUCGCCAAGUACCACUGCUUGCCGGAGCAUCGGUCCAUGCCAUCCUCUUGAUUGGCCUCUUCUGUUGGGCACCUCAGGCCCGUAGCUUAGGCGAAGCAGCCCUGCUCUAUCUGGUAGCUGCACUCUGGGGUCUUGGCAGUGCCCUCAACAAGACAGGCCUCAGCUCACUCCUGGGGAUACUUUAUGAAGACAAGGAGCGUCAGGACUUCGUCUUCACCAUAUAUCACUGGUGGCAAGCCAUAGCCAUCUUUGUUGUUUAUCUCUGGUCUGGACUGCCCAUGAAGGCCAAGUUAUCCAUCCUGCUCGCUACCCUGGUAGCUGCAGUAUUAUCUUACCUGUGGAUGGAGCGUAAAGUAGCCCAGAUGAUCCCUCAUCGCCUCCCCAAAAUUCCCAAGCCCCGUCACAAGGUACGGGGCUACCGCUACAUGGACGAUGACAACUCUGAUGAGACUGGCUCUGAGAAGGAAGAGGAUAAGGAGAGCGACUCCUCUGAGGAAGAGACAGAAGGGGAGGAACCCAGUGGCCUCCGUGAUCAACCUCGCCGAAGGAACAGAUGUUCCUAUGAGCAGGCCUUGGGAGAGGAAGGGGGAGAGAAUGUGGGUUAGUGCCUGCCCUUUUCUCACCUGUCUGGGUUGGGAUAUGACUGUCAGGUGCCUUUGGCAUCAGCCUCUCUCCAUCGCUUGAAUCCUCUUUCUGCCAUGUUUCAACUUUGUUGGGACCACAGGCUGUGUUUGAGCCAUUUCCUUACCUCGCUCCUGACACUUCAGCUCCAGUUGGAAGAGAAGGAAGCUUCAAAGGCACACUUCCUGACAAAAGUUCUUCAUGCCUCCCCUGCCUAAUAUGUGUUGGGAUUCAUAAUUUCCAACUUCAAACUGUGGGUGGUACAAUUUAUCCAGGCAUAUCCCCAUGGAACAGUUUAGGUGAAUUGUGAUAAAUAAGUACAAGGUACAAAAUGUCAACACUUAAGAUGCGUAAGCCCCUGGAGGUUGGGAGAAGGGGAAUUACGUCAAACCUUUCUUAGUCUUCAGAAACAAAUGGCAGUAAAGUCUUGGUACAUUUUCAUAAGUUCUUUUACUGUGUAGGUUGGCUCCUGAAGGUGUUUCUGUGGCCUAUCACAGUUGGCCCUAUUGCUGGUGGGUAUUGUCUCUCUCUCUGAUAAUAUGCAAGUUUAUCCACUAAAGACCUUGCAACAAAAUUGAUCCUGCUCAUUCGACACCCAGUGCUCACAUGAUAAACCAAUAAAGAACCUUGUCUUCAACUGUU